GGCCAAAAAGAGGCUAGAUGGUGAAGACGUUUAUGGCAGCAAGAUAUAUUGUACAUUUGGUAAGAAUUUUGACAAGGAAGGAUCCCCAAAAGUAGAUAUUAGACAACUUCAGCACCAGAUUUCACGUGACAGAGGACAAGAAUCUCUGGAUACGUGGAAGCCUGUCAAUUCACAGAUAUUUCCAAACCCGUCCCAGGCAGGCAUGGGUGACACAGGCACAGCAAGCCUGUCAUGGAGGGUGAGAGACCCUGUUAGUGAUUCAGCUCUUCAACCCUACACUGCCUUCAAAAGCUAUGGCAAGAAUCCUGCCAUGUCUUUGUCAGAUCAGCAUUUUGGAUCAUGCCAGCGUGCUUUUAGGAAUAACAAUUGUCGGAUUCAGAGUCAGUCUAGUAUGUCUGGAUCCAGUUCAAAUUUUGGUUUGUCAAGAGUUGAUUGUAAUUCCCAUAGUGAAGGAAACAAUCGUGAUAUAGUUCAGCCAUUAUACUUGGACAAGACCCCAGAGCAGUUCAAGAAGGGACGAUCCCAAAGAAUACAAUUUCGGAUGAGUUCCCCACCAAGCUUUUCGUUCAAUACUCGAACACCAGAUUCCUAUACAUUGGAUUCCUCACUAAGGGCAAGAAGUCCCUCUCCUUUGUUAUGGAGUGGUAUGAGUCCUGUGAAGCCUGUAUGGAGUCCCUCGCCUACAGUUGAUGCACAAGGACAAAUCCUUUAUGGACUAAAGGAACUCUCCCUUGGGGAAGGAGUUAUAGAUACAAGUCUAGCUACUGUCCAGCAAGUCCCAGUAGAAUUACAAGUAACAAAUCUUGAUCAAAACAUUGAUGCCAGAGAGAUGAAACGCAUCCUUUUCACAAUAUUUAGAGAUCAUGUAAUGGUAUUGCAUGUGUCCGUGUUUGUUCAAUCUGAUGGUAAUUUGGCUGCUACCUUGCGCGUACCCUCACAGCAAGAUGCUCAGUAUGCCAUUUCUCAACUUCACCGUAAAAAGAUUGGUGCUAAGAGGAUUAUCAUAUCCUAUGUGAAUCAAAAUCAACCAUCACCAGAAUUGAAGAGGUCAAAGGUCAUAGCUCUGCUGCAGGAAGUUCCUGGAAAAAAGCUUCCUCUUUUCAAGUUUCGAGAGCUUUAUGAGAGACGUUUUCACGAAACCAUUGGUGUAUCAGAGAUGUAUAACAUGCGGGACAUAGUGACUGUAUCUGAUAACAGUACAGGUAGGAUGGUCUCCCUUCAUCCUGAGUUCAGACACAUGAGCUCCCCAAUCUUGACUGAGUCAGCACAAGAGGAAGUAAGUGGUAGUAUAUCAUCCAGAUACUGUAAGAUCCAUAGUUCUGGCCCUGAUGAUUCCAUUGGUUGGGCAGAGCGUGAUCAGAGCUCAAGUCUGCCAAAUGUGAAUAUGACUUUGCGGACUUUGGCUGGAAGUAUACACUCAUUGCUUCAGUCCCACUCGGGUUCACUCCCAUUGGCAAGUUUGGUAGAUUGUUAUGAAGCAGAAAUUGGCCCAGUUGACGAAGCAGAGGAUGGUGUACCUUUGGAACACUUGGUCUCCUGUUUGCCAGGUGUGUGCAUAAUGACAGCCACUGGUGGUUUCAAGUAUGUACAGUGGGUUGAGAAUAAAGUAACAGAUGAAGCUGAAGAGCUAGCUCGAUGCGUGAGUCCUCCACUUGUUGGACAGUUGGCACUCUUUUCAAGAGAAUUAGUAGAUCUCCUUAAAACGUUCCCAUAUUGCCGUUUACCAUUUUCUCGGUUCAUACCAGCAUACCAUCAUCAUUUUGGCAGGCAGUGUAGAGUAGCUGACUAUGGAUUUACCAAGCUUGCAGACCUAUUUGAAGCUCUCCCUCAUGUUGUACAAGUUUUGGGGGAAGGAAAUAAACGCAUUUUGACACUUGCUCACAAAGCUCAGGUCAAAAGGUUUUCUUCAGAUCUUUUGAGGGUAUUGAAGGGCCAGCCGACAAAAGCCAUAACACUUGAGGCCUUUCCAGUCGCUUAUGAAAAAGCGUUGACAAGAACAUGGAAUGUGAUUGAUUAUGGAGUAUGUGAUGUUGAGGAUCUGCUGACUGAAGUUAGUGAAACCACAGUGAUAGUCACCCGAUCUGGCACAGAGACUACAAUUGCUAUUCCAAAGCGCGAACAAACUCCAGAAGAAAUAGAGCGAACGAGACAGUUUGCUGCUGAAGUUGUUGAGUUACUUCGGCACUCUCCACAAUGCAAAAUGCAGUUCAAUCGUUUCAUUCCAGCUUAUCACCACCAUUUUGGAAGGCAGUGUAGGGUGGCUGACUAUGGGUUUAGUAAGCUCAUUGAACUAUUUGAAGCCAUUCCAGAUGUUCUUCAGGUCUAUGAUGACGAAGAAGAUGGAGAGAAGCAGUUGCAGCUGGUGGAACGAGAACGUGUCCGUGUACUAGGAGAUCAAGUUGGAGCAGUGGUACGAGGAGCUCCUAGGCAAGCUAUCAGGAUUUCUGCCUUGACCCAGGUCUUCACUCGUUAUUAUGGGUAUUCUUUGAAACCCUCUCAUUAUGGUGGUAACACUUUGGAAGAGCUUAUAGGAAAGCUUAGAAAUCAUGUGAAACUGGUGGAAACUGGUGAUGAACCUGUAGUGGCCCUUGUUGACCGAGGAUAUGUGCAUGAAAUCAUGGUGCGAGCACGGAAACUUCUCUGGGAGGACUCCAGCUGCAGCUAUCCUCUAGAUAAAUUUGUUCAAACAUACACUGACCGUUAUGGCCAUCCUCCAAGCAUAGAAGUGAUUAGACGGGACUUGGAAGAUGUACUUGUGAUUGAGGGUGAAGGGGAAGAAGCCAAGGUUAACCUGGUGCCACUGCAGAUGUUUGCCCGAGAUCUCUUGACACUUCUCCAUGAAGCUGGGGGUCGUAUGCUACUUCUGAAUUUUGAUACAGCCUAUCUUGACCGUUUUGGUGUUGCAUGUCGUCCAGCGACUUAUGGUUUUCCCAAUAUAGUGGCUCUGGUUCAAGCCCUAGGAGAUUUGGUGGCAGUUAGAGGUCGUGGAACAAAAAGAAUACUUGUCUUAAAUAGGGACUCUGCUCCUUCCCCUCCUAGCUUCCACAUUCCUACAUCAAGUUCCUCUUUCUAUGGAGACAACACUGAGGGUGCCAGUGCAAAUAGUGAUGCCAAGCCACCACCUCCAAGUCAUCUUCCUCCUCCAAAUAAAGUCACCCCACCUCAGCAGUGCGAUUACCAGCGCUAUAUACAAGAAGCUAAUUCAAACAGUCACUUAAUGAUGGGAAUGAAUGCUCCAACCCCCCAUCCCUCCUACCAGCCUUCAUCACCUGUGGUUUAUCCUGGCUCUCCAGCACCAACAGGCGUUCAG